AUGGCACUGUGUCAGACAUCCAUUGUCUGUCAAAAUUACGUAACGUAUGACGUCAUCGAUGGCCAGGUGUCUGAAGCCCUUUCGAAUAAUACUAACAGCAGAAAUGGGACAGACAAUGAAAUGGACAUCAUAGUUUAUUUAGAGAAUGAAAGGAACUCAAGUAUAUCUGAUUCGAGGGUGUUUACACUUCCGCCUGAUUUUAGUGAUCCUUGUUUUCCUGACAACGGGGGAUGCUCUGAUAUAUGUCUGCCAUUUGACAAUACUCGUGAAUGCGCAUGUGCAAGAGGCUUUGAAUUGUUAAAUGACGGAAAAACAUGUGAAGACAAUGACGAGUGUUUGUUAGACCCAGAUGUAUGUACAAUCCACUCCAACUGUAUAAACACGCCAGGUUCAUAUAUCUGUGAAUGCAUGGAAGGUUUUAAUGAGAUAUUAGAUGACGACGGUGUAUCUUGUGAAGAUGUUAAUGAAUGUGACGUGAUUGAUGACGUGUGUGGCAAAUAUGCUGUGUGUACUAAUUCACCCGGUUCAUAUCACUGUCGAUGUUAUGACGGCUUUGUAGAAGGACCGGACGGCUUAUGCGAAGAUGUGGAUGAAUGUGAAUUUGUUGAAUUAUUGCAUAUUUUAUGUGGUAAAUUCGCGACUUGUCAGAAUACACCAGGGUCGUAUGCUUGUCGGUGUCAUCAAGGAUUUGAACGAACUGAACUUUUCUGCCACGAUGUUAAUGAAUGCAUUCAGUCAGAAGAACCAGUUUGUACCGUUGGGUCUUUCUGUGAAAACACUAUUGGCAGCUAUCUUUGCAUUUGCGAAGAAGGAUACGUAGAAACUAUGGACGGUUGUGAGGAUUAUGACGAGUGUAGCGAAUUAGACCUGUGCCCAGCUGAUACAACGUGCUUGAAUACACAUGGAUCUUACGAGUGUACCUGUCCGGACGGAUAUAGUGGCAAUGGAACGAACUGCGAAGAUAUUGACGAAUGCGCCGAGGGCAUCCAUGAUUGUCACAGUUAUGCUAGAUGUGGAAAUGUUAUGGGAUCGUACUUCUGCCAGUGUUACAGGGGUUACUAUGGUGACGGCAAAUCCUGUCAUGACGUGGAUGAGUGCGACUUAGCUAACGGUGGGUGUGAGCAAUUGUGUGUCAAUACACCUGGUAGUUACCAAUGUUCAUGCCACCAAGGGUUUACUCUACAUCCGAAUGAGGCAGACUGUGAAGACGUAGAUGAAUGUGCAGUACAUCCCAGCAAGUGUCGUCAGCACUGCUUCAACACAGAAGGUUCAUUUACUUGCAGUUGCGACGAUGGCUACCAACUCCAUAUCGAUGGGUUGGAUUGCGUUGAUAUCAACGAGUGUAAUACAAAUAACGGCGGAUGUCUAGACGAGUGUAUUAACGUACCCGGCUCUCGUGAAUGUGCGUGUGGGGAAACACAAUCACUGGACGACGAUGGAGUCACGUGUGUAGAUAUUGUCAAGUGUGGCGUUAAAAACGGCGGUUGUGAGCAAGUUUGUGAAGAAACCCUGCUGGGAGUGAAGUGUUCCUGCUUAGAAGGAUUUCUACUGCAUGCCAAUAAUAGAAACUGCCUAGAUAUUGACGAGUGCUCAGACGUCAACGGGGCAUGUCACCACGCAUGCGUCAAUACACAUGGGAGCUACCACUGUGAAUGUAGGGAAGGGUACCACAUAUCGGUCAGAAAUCGAUAUAAUUGUGAGGCAGUGUGUGAUCCCCCCUGUUUGAAUUAUGGACAGUGCGUCGGUCCGAAUGAAUGCCUGUGUCCUGCUGGAUACCCAGGACCACGUUGUACACCGAUGUGUAAUCCACCAUGUUCUCACGGUGGUACUUGUCUAAGAUGGAAUAACUGUGUAUGUCCUCCAGGAUACAAUGGACCGGCCUGCCAAUCAGCUCGUUGUGAUCUACCAUGUCUAAAUGGUGGUAAAUGCGUAGGGCCUAACCUAUGUCAGUGUACUGCGGACUAUACGGGAAGCUACUGUGAAACACCUAACUGUUCGCCUCCGUGCAAUAACGGUGGUACAUGUACUGAUGUGAAUAUAUGCAUGUGUCUCAAUGGUUACAGCGGAGCACGAUGUCAAACCGAACUAGCUAUUUGUAAACCUGCUUGUCAGAAUGGUGGAAAAUGUGUUGGCAUUGGUCAGUGUGAAUGCAUUGCUGGCUACACCGGAGCACGCUGCCAAACACAGGAAGUGACGGACUGUCGACCACCAUGUCAACACGGCGGUACCUGUAUUCCUGGCAAUAAAUGCGAAUGUCUUGAAGGCACUGAGGGAUCACGAUGUCAAACCAGAACUUGUCCGCUGGUGACUACAGUAGUAGGCGUCAAUAGAGCUAUUAGACGAGGAUUCGUUGAACGUUAUCUCGGACCGUGUGGUACAUUCGGCUGGAGGACGUGUACCUUAUAUAGAAUAACACAGCGACGUGUAUACGAAACAACGUACAGAGUUGGGUAUAAAAUCGACUGCAGUGCGGUGGAGAAGGGUGACAGCAAACAACCAUCGGGCCCAUUCCAGAUACCAGUGCAACCUACUAGACCAUGAUGUCAUCAAUGUGUGUUGACUGAGGGUUACAAUUGUGUUGAUAAUCAAAUUGAUAAUACGCGACAAUUGCAGUUCAUAACAUUUCAAACUUCAUUUCAUUCAAAAUAUGUUUGAUGAGUUUAAAAGUUUAUAAAUAAAGUAGACAAUACAAGCUA